AUGCAAGUAAAAUUUAAAGAUGUAAAACAACUAAAAGAAGAAAAUGAUUGCCUUAAAUCAACAUUUAAAGACCUCAAUAGUCGCUUAAGCAUAAUGGAGCAGCAUUGGAGAAUGAGCAACCUGGAGAUACAAUGUGUUCCGGAACAUAGGGCCAAAAAUAUACCUAAUAUUAUUACGCAAAUAGGGAAUAUUACUGGCACUAAAAUAUGUGACGCUGAUAUCCAUAAAUGUACAAGAAUCGCCAAGAUUAAUCCAGAAAAUGCACGAACGCGGUCUAUUAUUGUGAAGUUUGCUUGUCCACGGGUUCGUGAUACCUUCGGAGUAAUAAAUUUCAAUAAAAGAAACACCAAUGAAAAAAUAAAUACAAGCCACAUCGGGAUAGGUGGCGACAAAAAACCUAUAUUUGUAGUAGAACAUUUGACCCCGGAGCUGAAGAAAAUCCACGCCCUUGCCAGAGCGACAGCAAAGAAAUUAAAAUACAAAUUUGUAUGA